CUUUUUCUUCAAAAAAAAAACAACUGUUUUUGAUCUAUUUUCUUCCAUUGGGUGGUGGUUAUAGAUCUGUUUUUUUUUUAUUAUUAUCUUUUGAUCUUUGUUAUAAAUAUUAUUUUGGCAAAAUAUGUCCCAGCAAACUACUACUGAUGCUUUGGCCGCUUUGUUGUCGUUACCUAUGGAUUUUACUAUUGACCCGUUGGUAACACUUCAUUCUUCUUCCAAUCAACCUUUAUUUCCUCUUACUUCUGAUUUGAUUCCACAAAAAGAUGAAGAAGAUUCACAAAGUACAACAAGUUCUUCUCCUUCUUUAUCUUCUGAUACAUCAUCAAUGUCCCAAAAGAAGAAAGUAGUGAAUAAACCUAUAAUCAAGAAAUCAAGAUUAUCUUUGGAAGAUAAAGACCAAAAGACAAAAGAAAGAAUAUUACGAAAUCGUGCAGCUGCUCAAGAAUCCCGUGACAAGAAACGACGUUAUGUGGCAGAUUUGGAAAGCAAUAAUGAACAAUUACGAAAUGAAAAUGAAUCUAUGAACAAACGUAUCAAACUUUUGGAAACACAAAAUCAAUCACUUACAACACAAUUAUCUGACUUUACUCGACAAAUUGCAGAACUACAACAACAACUCAAAUUCACAAACACAUCAUCUUCUCUACUUGUCCAUGGCUUUUGCGAUUCAGCACGGAUCGCGAAGAGGUUAUUUUACUUGAUAUGCUUAUAAUUCACAAUCCUUUUUUAUUGCUUCUCUUUUUUUUUUUUUUUUUUU